AUUCCAAUUCUGCCCUCCGCUCCUCACGCUCCUGCCUGAAAAUCACCUUUUGGCAGUUCAAUUUUAGAUCAGAAUUCAGAAGCAACUAGAGCUAGAGAUAAGAGAUUCCCUUGUUUUAUUUAUUGCUGUUGUGACCUAACAGACCUAAUUUGCAGAAGCUCUUAACUUUGUCUUAAUAAGGGUGUGUUUAGAGUAGAGAUUAAUCAAUCAUCGAGAGUAAAAAAGUACCCAAAUUUUAUUUUGGUCUGGGUUCGGCUCUUAAUGGUUUCUAGGGUUCUUUUUUUGAUUCUGUACUGUUCAGCUACAGUGGUGUCAUUGUAGCCGCAGUGGUCGUACCCGCUACUACUCGGCUCUUAGCUCUUAAUGUUUCUUGCUCGGAAACAUGGAGGAUACAGUUUAGGCCCCAACAUGAAAUAAUUCUUCGCGUUUGCUCUUCUCUGGAGCUAGAUUUGUUCUCAUUUUAGAAUUAUUCAUUUUCGUUUAGUCAUUUUUCUAUUUAUUCGGAGUUGCUCUUGAUCCACAUUAGUGGAGUUUGUUUUAUUCUCUUCUUGUUCGUCGAGAGACAUGUUCAUUUCGACUGAAGAAGAGCAGAUCUCCUUGCCUUCGGAGAAGGUAAGAGAGUCAAUGGAAAUGGAAUCACCUCCUGGGUCUAACCAGGAUUCCUUCGAUGGGCUCCCACCGGUUUCUGAGUCGCCAGAUUCGCCGCCGGCGUUGGCAGCUUAUACGGAUGUUAAUGUUGUUCCUGAACAUGAAAAGAAAACGCUCGAACAGACCAUCCUGAAUCUUGAAGGAGAAAUCAUGGGAUUGAAAUCGAAGCAGAGGUCUCUGGACAAUAAGCGGAGGGAGGCGCUGAACAAGAUACUAGACCUGAAAGGCAGCAUUAGAGUAUUCUGUCGAGUUCGGCCUUUCCUAUCCACCGACAGGAGAAGACUUCAAGAACCCAUUUCUUCUGGAUCAGAGAGGAUCGUGGUUCGGUCGGCUGGAGGUAGGAAGGAAUACGCGCUAGAUAAAGUUUUCACUCAAGAGUCAAACCAAGAAGAUGUUUUCGUCGAGGUUGAACCGAUACUCAGAUCUGCACUUGAUGGGCACAACGUCUGUAUUUUGGCAUAUGGUCAAACUAGCACUGGCAAGACAUUUACCAUGGAGGGGACCAAUGAUCAGCUCGGAAUUGUUCCACGGGCUCUUGAAGAGCUCUUUUGUCAAGCUUCUCGUGAUAGUUCGGCUUCUUUUACUUUCUCAAUGAGCAUGCUGGAGGUUUACAUGGGCAGUCUCAGAGAUCUACUUGCCCCAAAGCCAUCUGGUCGAGUGUAUGACUCUGUUUGUAAAUGUAAUCUCAACAUUCAGACGGAUCAAAAUGGGUCGGUGGAAAUUGAAAAUCUCACAGAUGUCGGUGUCUCUGAUUUUGCACAAGCUAGUAGGUGGUACACAAAGGGGAGGCGGGCUCGAUCCACAUCAUGGACAAAUGUGAAUGAAAUGUCUAGCAGAUCACAUUGCUUAACUAGAAUUACUAUUGGGCGAUCUGGGGCUACGGCGGAAGGCAACACAGAAGUGAGCAAAUUGUGGAUGGUGGACCUUGGAGGAAGUGAGCGGCUAUUGAAAACAGGAGCAAUUGGGCAGACUCUUGAUGAGGGAAAAUCCAUAAACCUGUCUCUCUCAGCUCUAGGGGACGUUAUUGCAGCUUUGAAAAGAAAGCGCAAUCACAUUCCUUACAGAAAUAGCAAGCUGACUCAAAUUCUCAGAGAUUGCCUUGGUGAUGGCUCAAAGGCAUUGAUGCUUGUGCAUAUAAGCCCAUGUGAAGAAGAUGUUGCUGAAACAAUAUGUUCUUUGAAUUUUGCGAAGAGGGUGAGAGGGGUAGAGUCCAAUAGGGAACUUCCAGAGGACUUGAAGAAGCAGCGGGCAAAGAGGAUUGCUGAGCUUGGUGAAGAGAUGAGAGAUGCUGAAGAAGAGUGUCAUAAAGUAAGGAACCAACUACAGAGAGCUGAACUUCUCUUACAUGAAAACAAGAAGCUUUUCUCAACCACUUAUGGACUUCUUGAAGAAGACCAGAAAGAGGCUCUCCUAACCCCCACCAAAGAUCAUAGAGAAGUCAGAGGAACUCCUCUUACAGAUGAUAAAUUUACUAGAAGAAAUGUUUUCCAUUCUAUGCCUCGGUUCAUGACUUCAACAGUUGCCAGUCGCCAAAGGCAAAACUCCAUGGAAGGGGAAAUUAAUAGAAGAGUGAGAACUUCAAGAUCUGGGACUAGAAGUACAAUAUUAUUUUCAGCAUCUCAGUCACUCAGUUACACAGAUCCUCAUUUUAAGAUGAUCCUUCGAAACAGACAUAAGAAACCCCGGCAUGGAGAACAAAAUACUCUACUUGCAGAGAGCCCAAAUUGCAAUCUGUCGGCCUCGAUGGCAUCUUCCAUACCACGAAACAAGAGGGUCACUACCUCUUAUUCUAAUUUGAGAGUCACAGUGGGUCACCACAGAAGAAGGAUGUCAGAUCUGAUCUGAGGGAAUAAAAUUCUUUACCAUAGCUUUUUAACAUUCUGUAAAAUGUGUUUUGUUUUCAUGUUUCGGUUAAAGGUUAUAAAGUGCUGAGGUCUUGUUUUAUUUUCCAUUGUAUACUGGCAGUUUGUUCAGGCUUUUAUGCGAUCUGUUAAAUAUUUGUCUAGUGAUCUCAUCUGACCACCUGGAACUAGAUCUUUACUGUAUUCAAAGAUUAUUUUGGAAACAUCUGAGGCUUGAAUUUUGUAUC